AUGUCGACCAACUCGUGGCUCGAGAGUGCGGACCUCGUCACCAAGUACCAAGCGCUCAACGGGCUUAAUGCCACGACAGCGACAAGUGUCGGCGCCGCCCCCACCAAGCCCGACGCAGCCGUCAUCGUGCGUCUCACCAAGAUGAACUUGGUUUGGGACGACCUCCCGCAGCUGGCCAAACUCGCCAUUCUCUGGGACAUGGGGUUUGUCCAGAACAACCCAACCGUCGACGUGAACGCGCUCAGCCGCAUCUACACGCGCUGCGUCGGCUCGAGCGACGCGACGACGCGGCCAUGCGACUCGGCGACAACCGGCGUCUACCUCCGGCAAGAAAACUCGAACGGCGGCCGCCUACGUCCGUACACGCGGUGCGCCACGGCCAACGUCACGAUGGGCAACAUCAAGGACAGCCACAGCAGCAUGUGGGCGCAGGGACG